AUGAAAUGGUUGAGGGUAUUGUUUGGACAAGUAGCAAAACCCAUCGAUUUUGGUAAUAAUCUUGCAGUUCAAGACCAAUUUGUCAAAAAUAAUGUCGUGAAUCAAAUGGGAAACGUUAGUAAAAUCGAUUUUGUUAAAUAUGCUAAACAAACAAUACAGGUUCAUGGAUUUGUUUUUGAUUUAAAAAAUGGCUCAUUAUUAAAGGUUACAGCAAAUAAAACAUGGCUUUUUACUAACAGAGUCAACUUGGAUACAUUUUUCACAACUAAUUGGAUAUUAUUCUUUCAACUUCCAAAUGCAAAUUUUAAACAAUGUUCAAUGCAACUGUCAUAA